AUGAGGCGAAAUCCUGCAGCUAGAAUCACUGACUAUGAUAUUGCUGCACUUGUGGACGAAGCCUUUAGCAGAGCAGCAAGCUUGGAUAUAGCACAAAACGGAUUCAAGUGCACAGGAAUUUAUCCAUUUAACCCUGAAAUCUUUACUGACAUUGAUUUUUUACCAUCAAUGGUGACAGAUGUGAUGCAAGAAGUUUCUUCCAAAGAAAAUAUGGCCAAUCAGUUCUCAGUAGCACAUUCUUUAUCGCCAGUACCCUCCACUAGUCAUGCAUUACCUACAAAUGAACCGGAGCCUUCAACCAGCUCAACAGAUAUAUUGAAACAGCUAUCACCAUUUCCUGAUGCAUCAAAAAAACGGUCGUUAAAGCGGGCUCGUAAAACUCAAAGGAGCGAGAUUAUUACAUCAUCACCUUACAAAAAAGAUGUAGAGGAAAGACAGAAAAGUAGAGACAAAAAGCGAAAAAACAAAAAAGUAAAGGCACUAAAAAAGAUGUUAAAACAACUAAAAAUAUUCAAAGUCUUUCCAAAGAAAAUCGAGAAGAAGAGACCGAAUGCAUCAUAUGUGGAGAAACAUUUGAAGAGGACUGGAUUCAGUGCCAGGAAUGCAAAAACUGGGCCCAUGAAGACCGUGUUUACAUAG